CGUCAUUUGCAUCUCGCACCUUGCGAGACCAAGCGAGACUGAGAAACUCAGGUGUGCAAAAUUGCUUUCUUCUGUCUGCUUGGCCGCUCAUGAUGGGCGUGACAGUGGAGACAAUUAAGGAAGGAGACGGUCAGACAUACCCAAAGCCUGGGCAGUAUGUGACUCUCCAUUAUGUAGGUACACUGUUCACAGAGAAUGGCAAGAAAAUAGAUUCCUCUCGAGACAGGGGUGUUCCAUUUACAUUCCAGCUUGGUAAGGGAGAAGUGAUCAAAGGAUGGGAGGAAGGUGUGAAAAGAAUGAGUAUAAAGGGAGAGCUUGAAAAGCGAGAGUUACAUGUCCUCCCAAGCUGGCCUAUGGACAUAGGGGCAUCCUGGAUUGAUACCCUCCAAUGCCACUCUAGUGUUCGACAUCGAACUGCUGAAGCUGAGCUGAAGAUGUUACCAACAUCUCCUAGCCAUCUCCUCAGCAUCGGGAGAGGGCUUCAGGGGGAGAAAACUCCAGUACCAUGGAACGUGAAGAUGACAACAACUGACUGGACACUUUAUAAGAUUAUGAUUACAUGUGCCAGUGUAGAUUUUGUACAUAUGCAACCCAUGUAUUGUCUGAUGUACAUGCUUUGUCAUGCUUUGUUGGGCGAGCCCGGUUAUGUAGUACCUUUUGUGACUAUGUAGGACUGGUGCUAACCCUACUGCCUUGUGCAGGCUGUCAAACACUUUGCUUCUCAGUUGUCUUCAACACUGCUUUGUAUGAUUUCUACAGUCUGCCUGUUAUAUGCUUAUUGAGUCCUCUUUCUCAGCUGUCAUAUUUAUUGAUUGAGGUAUCUGAAGAUUUGCAGAGAGGACUGAUGAACCAUUACUUUCAUGGAAGACUUGGUAGGUCAUUUAGUCAAAACUGUUAGCCGAUUGCAGCGAGGACAUAGCUAUUACUUUCAUGGAAGACUUGGUAGGUCAUUUAGUCAAAGCUGUUAGCCGAUUGCAAAAGGCAUCAUACACGAAUCUCUCAUUGUAGUCAUUUAUAUCAUGUUUAUAUUUGUUUAUUUGGAACUACACAGAUGGGCAGAAUUUUUGUGCAGUUGAUGAAAUUUGGAGUUUUCUGGGGAUGGAUAUGCAUAUCUUCCAGUGUUACAUAAUAUCUUCUUGUUAGUGAUGAAUGAAGACGAAGAUCAUUAUUGAUGUGAUCAGUAAUGCUCUGUAAUUAAUUACAGUUGUCACAUGCUUGCGGAGAAAGUCUUGUUUGUAAAUACAUAACAUUGACAAGCCAGAGAAAGUCGCCAGCAUGGUUAUAAAACAAAGCUUUUUUCCAACUUUGUGAAGUGAUUAUACAUAUUUGUCAUUUGGUGUUGAAAUAUCCUCCUGGUGUGUUUUUCAUUCAUGUAAAAGCUAAGUAAUAUGUAUGGGAGAGCUGAAGAUUAAGGUGAAAGGUGAUAAUUGUGACACUGAAUAGUCCUCUGUAAUAGAUGGGCGGAUUUGUGAGUUAUAUUACAGAUUCAUGGAAUACAAAAUUAUUGUCACAAUGUUUUAAUCCAACUGGGUUUUGAGGAAGCUGUGUAGGUGAAAUACUGCUAGAUGAUUCUAGUGGUGCAGUUCCUCUACUACUUACUUGCAAUGCCAUCAAUGCACUUUGUGAAACUGAAAGGAAAGGAACCUUUUCAUGGCUGGAUUGAAGUUAACCAGCUGUCAACACUCGUUUGUUCUUUCACCCUUUUUUUAUGUGUGCAAUUGUCAGAUGUAAUCCUUAUUAAUAGCCGUUUCUUUCUUUUUUUAUUGACCCAUUUCAAUGCUUUGAAAUAUUUCUCGAAUGUGUUAUGCUUUUCUUUGACACCAUGUUCAUAGUGAUUUCCUGUUUCUUUUGCCUUUAUCCAGAGUUAUCUCCCUUAUGGGGAAAUUCAAAAUAUUAAUGCUGAAUUAAAUAUAGUACAUUAUGUUAUGAGAUGCAUGCCUAACUUUGAAAAAUGUUUAUAUCAACAAAGAGAUUCUGUUGUUAAAGAGUUAUUUUAAUUGACUGAUUUUUAAACUUCCUGUCACAGUGGUAAAUAUUUCAUUAUUUUUUAGUUUGGUUUUUGUGAUUAUGGUGAUGAGAAUUGAAGCUGAUGCUUUCAUGCAAGUUUGUCAAGUGAACAGCUUUUACACCUUUUAAAACUAGAAUGUUAUUUAUGUUGAUUAUAAAACUAAGCGAAAUGAGCUGUUCUUUUAGUGAAAUAUUGACUUUGUCUGAUGGGCAACUUGCAGACAAUUUAUGUCACCCGAACCCCAAAACACAAAACGUAAGAUUUUAUAUCCCAUGUCAAACUAUUAACUGACUACAAUCUUACAAAUCCCCCUUUCCAUGUGACAGACUUGCAGUGACUGUCAAAGUCUGUCAAUUCCUAUUUAAAAAUUUUAUUUCACUGAUUUGAACUCUGUGAAUUAGUAUAUGUAUGAUAUGGUUCAAGUGAUCGGUGAGUGAUAACUACUUCCUGCCUUGUAGCGGCUUCACAAACUACCAAUUUCUUUCUGUUUACAUGUGAUAAGCUUGGAUUCCAGUCAGAUGCAAGCAAUACCAUGAUAUUUACAGAACAAAAUUACACAGCACUUGUUGAUUUUAUUUUGUUAACACGACUAAGGACAUGUUUUGUUAUGGAAUAAGGCUUGUUAUAGAGUUACCAAGAAGAAUUGUGCUAGGAAAGAUUUGUGCCGUAGGAAAUUAUGACAUUGCAAUGAAGAGGACAAGUCGGUGAUGAUGGGUGUAAAUUCCUGUGUACCUGUGAUGCGAUGAUGGCGGUGUUACUAUGCCUUGAGAUGCCACCUAGCUUUGUGAAAGUCUAGGAUAUAGAGUCUGGUAUAUUUGUACAAUAUUAAGCUGUGCACACUGUACGGCAAUGAUGAUGCUGUCACAGGAUGAGCUUGGAGGCCAUACCAUGGAUAUAAUUAUAGAAUUUUGUAUAGCAUCAAUGAUUGCAUUAAAAACCUUUAUCUGCUAUUUA